CCUCCGAUCAACCCCUCGACGGGCCAGCUUCACGGCCAGGUCGACGCCGUCUUUGCCUACCAGAAGCAGCACGAGGCCGUCACCGCCCUGUACCGGUGGCUCAUCGAUGCGCGCGAUCUCCCGACCGGCUGGGCUUUGCCGCUCCUCUACGUCGUGUGCCGCGACUUGCGCAAGACGGCCGAGCAGGCCGACCAGCAGCUGCUCGCCAACGGGCACAAGGCGACAAAGCUCGAGGACGCGAGCCGCCUCCUGCAAAAGUGCUUCUCGUGCUGCCUCAACGACCGAGCGUCCGACAUGAUGGCGUCGCGCAAGAUGGGCACCUACUACCUCGCGUCGCUCCUCUUCAAGACGUACUUUCGCCUCAACUCGACCGCCCUGUGCAAGAACAUCAUCCGGGGCAUCAACGCGGCCGACCUGCCGCCGCUCACCGCCUUUCCUCGCGCGCACCGCGUCACCUACUCGUACUACAUGGCCGUCUUUGCCUUCCUGCGCGAGGACUAUGCCCAGGCCGAGAAGGGCUUCGUCGAGGCGCUCGGCAUGACGCACCGCAAGAUGAAGCGCAACAUCGAACUCAUCCUCGACUACCUGAUCCCGCUCCUCCUCGUGCGCGGCGUCCUCCCCUCGCCCAAGCUCCUCGCGCGCUCGGCGCGCCACAAGACGCUGUACGAGCCGUUCGUGCGCGCGAUUCGCCAGGGCGACUUUGCCGGCUACGAGCGCCAGCUAGAGGUGGCGCAGAAGAGGCUCAUGCAGCGGGGCACGUACCUCGUCGUCGAGCGCGCGAGGGAGGGCGCCGUGCGGGGCCUGCUCAAGAAGGCCUGGGUCCUCGAGGGCAAGCCGGCGCGCAUGAGCAUCGACAAGUUCCGCGCCUACUACAACGCGGCGCAGGCGGUCGGGCUCGAGGAGGACGUGCGGCUCGGCCGGUUGAGGCGCGAGGCCGUCCCGAGACGGACAAAGGAGGGCGAGAUUGACGGCGAGGAGAUGGAGUGCUUGCUCGCCAACAUGAUCUACAAGAACCUGCUCAAGGGCUACAUCUCGCACGCGCACCAAAUCGUCGUCUUGUCCAAAGACAAACCGUUCCCUUGGUACCCGCCGUACCGCAACAAGGGCGAGGCGUUCGCGCGGCAACGAGCAGAGAGGGAGACGCAGGAGCGGCAGCGGGUGGUCGAUUUGGCCGCGGCAGCAGGGACGGGUGCGGCUCCUCCAGCUUUGUAG